UCUCUCUCUCUCCCCCUUCCUCUCGCUUUCUCUAUCUCUCUCUCCCGCUGCUUCCUUUGUUUAGUGUUGCCUGUGUUGUGCCCGAAAGUAGUGUUGUAGAUUUUAUUGCGCUGUGCCCGUAAUCAUUGAGUGACCGCCCUGUGCGUGUGUUGCCGCGUCAGGAAAGGAGUGUUGCGUCUCCAGGAGGGUCUUCCUCUUCCGAGUGGCGUCCGCGCUUGCUUCCUUCGUCAGUCACCUCCAGCCUCGCGCCUUCCUUCCUCCCGUCUCCCGGAGUGUACACACCUGCACUCUUGAGGGACCUCCCGCCUCGCGCCUUCCUUCCUCCCGUCUCCCGGAGUGUACACACCUGCACUCUUGAGGCACCUCCCGCCUCGCGCCUUCCUUCCUCCCGUCUCCCGGAGUGUACACACCUGCACUCUUGAGGCACCUCCCGCCUCGCGCCUUCCUUCCUCCCGUCUCCCGGAGUGUACACACCUGCACUCUUGAGGCUGCUGGCGAGAGGAACUGUCGUCCCAAGCCCUCCACCAUGGCCGCCGCGCCGAAAGUUUGCGUCCGUCGCAUUAAGCUUAUCUGUCUCAUGGAGAACGCAGGCAAGGACGUCUUGACCUUCGUGUUGAAGCGCGGCGCGCUGAACGCCCCCGCCACGCCGCCGGGCCAGUCCUUCACUGACUACCUUGACAACUUCCCUGAAGACUCGAAAGCCAACUAUGGCAGGAUGAAUAACAAACAAAAGAGAUCAGCACUGAACCACACCGAACGCCGCCAAGCACAACGCUUUCCUUUAUGGGACAAAUUCGAUGUGACUUUCCUGCACAAAGCAAUAAAGCUGACGUGCGAACACGUGGCAAAAGAUAACGAUCCCGAAUGGAGGAGCCAGAACACCCUGGAGGGAUUGGUAACGAAAAUCAAGGAUGAGCGGAAUGAACUCUUUCAUGAAGUGAAAGAUUUCAGCGAGGCAGAGUACCAGCACAAAGUCAACGAGUUAGAACACCUCUUUAUCCGAGUCCUCGCCGCAGCCAAGACCAAAUACUGCAUUCCUGACGCAGAGGUGACACCCGUGCAGGACAACGCCCGGCAGGUCACUGCUACCUUCAGAAAAAUAGGAAUGGAGAAAGAAAUUUUAAAAGAUUAUUUCAGUAUGAUGCACCAAGAAUUUAUGAGAGACAGUCAGACCCACCUCAAAACGUCCUAUGAUCGAGUGCAAACCUUUGAUCCUCUGUCCUUCCUUACCAACUCACCAAAACACUGCCAUCACAUCCAGGAAAUUUUCUGCAAGAUGUCCCUCGUGGAAGGACGAGGACACCUCCAACAGAGGCGAGACAUCGACACUUGCGACGUGCUGACGGUGACGCGCCGCGCGGGACAGAAUCCACAGCCGUCCACAUCCUCAUCGGCCACGCCGCCCACGCACGGCGCCAAGCCACAGCUCAUCCUGAUCAGGGGCGUGGCAGGAAGCGGCAAAACGACCCUGCUCACCUUCCUUGUCUCAGAGUGGCUUCAGGAGCCCGGCGCCUGCACCAUCAAACACCUGGACGAGUACGACAUCGUGGUGCGUGUCUUGUGCCGCGAUGAUGAAGGCCCAUCUCUCCAGAACUUCCUCAAAGUGAUCCUCCCAAACCAUUUUGCUGUGAUGGACGAACACCUCAUCCCCCUCCUACAACAAUGCAAAGUUCUCUUCCUGAUUGACGGCCUGGACGAACUGUCGCCAGGCACUCCUUCACACAGCCUUGUGAAGGACAUCCUCAACAUCUCGAAAUACUCGCCAGACUUCACACUCGUCUGCACAUCGCGGCCCGAAACCGUGGAAGACUUCCUGGUCAAAGUACCUGAUGGUUAUGAGGUGUGGGACAUGGAGAUGAAAGGUGUCAGCCAUGAACAAAGAAUUCAUUUUGUCAUGAAGCAUUACAACAGCUUCCCAGACAAGGGGGACAAAGACCCUGAGAGGCUUGAGUACCUCAUGAAACAGAUAGGCUGGAAGGAUUACCUCGGCCUGCCCUUGAACCUGCAUUUUAUUGCAUGGUUGUUUUAUUUGAAUGUAGACAACAUCAAAGUCACCACCACCCAGACCAGCCUGUACGUCACAAUACGUGAUUGUUGCAUACAAAAACUGCAGGCCAGACUCACAGAACAUUCACUAGACAGACAGCCUCGUGAGGUCCACAUCUACAAGGUAUUGGAAGACAUAUAUGACGUGUCUAUGCAAGCUAUUCUAGAAGACCGACUCACUCUGUCAAAACAGGAAGAGCAGAUGCUAAUUUGUUCCUGUCAUGAGAAAGGAUUACCCAGCAAGGAAGUCAUCCCAGCGUUUUUAAAUCUUGAAGACACCAGUGACAGGCUGGGGCAUCAUCAAAAGUACGCAGCCCCACACAAGAGCCUACAGGAAUUCUACGGUGCAUCAGCAAUCGUCCACAAGCUGGUGGAGGGCUCACACUCAGCAAGCAUACGACGCAUGCUUCACGACCCGCCGCGCCAACAGCUCCGGAACUUGAGGAACCUGCUCCAGUACGUGGCAUGUCUCUUCUGCCACCCACAAACACCAUGUCGAGUUUCAGACAUACGACGCAUGCUUCACUUCCCGCCGCCAGAACACCUCCGGAACUUGAGGAACCUGCUGCUGCACGUGGCAGGUCUCCUCUGCCAUCCUAACACACCACUAUGUGCUGCAGCCAUACAAGAGGUGGUGGACCUGCUGGCGGAGACUGGUGUGAAAAGGUGUAGUGAUUGGCUGUCCAUGCUGGAGGACACUGAAGUGAACAGGAUUGCCUUGGAUUGUGUUGUCAGACACAUUACAAGUGAUGAGAGGGAGUGGGUAACAAUAACAGACAGCACCAUCACCAGUGCCAGGGCCCUCCUCCCCCUCAUCCCCUCCAAGGUGGUACGGAUAGAGCUAAGCAGGAAGGAAUCAGACGUGCAGGGGCUCAUCUUUGAACACCACAAAUACAUUGUGCUGAACCUGCACCACCAAUACAGGCAUCCAGACCAAGCCACUCUCCGUGACUCCUUGCUGCGUGCCAUGCCCAGGAGUCACCUUGAGUGGUUCACGGGUCACCUAAGUGGUGCCGGCACACAGCUGCUGCAGGAGUACCGGAGUCUGGGGUGGCUCCGCCUGGCCGUGUGUGACCAAGACGCCCAAGAGGUUCUGGCCGCCAUCAGCGCCGUCCACGCGUCGAUGCCUCAGCUAGGCUACCUAGUGCUACACGUCCCCGUGGGUGCCGUGAGGACACAGGCGUGCACCACACGGCUGCCUGGCGGCCCACGGCUGAACCUCGUGUUGUCUGGCGUGGACGAGAGGCUGCUGGAGGAGGCGGUCCAGAUAGCACAGCUCCUGCAGCCCACACAGCACCCAUACUACCACAUCAGGUUCCCCGGCAGCAGCAUGAAGGCAGAUGUGUGGCGGCGCUGCCUUCUCAAGCUGGCCAAUGCCGGCAUCAAGGUGAAUGUUGGUGAUGGUUUUGGUGGUAGUGGUGGUAUUCUAGCACCGGACACCAGCCCCAUCACGGAGGAGGAGGAGAGGGAGCUGUACACCCUUGCCAGAACCAUGAUGUUACGUGCCUUCGCCAGAACGUCUGAAGAGAACCUGUGGCGGUAGUUCCUGUAAUCCCCGUGACGGCCAGACUCAUCGGUGCUGGAAGUGCAUCCACUCACGAGGCAAACACCUGGGCUGCAUUUAUCCUACUGCAUUGUGUGUGUACAAGUCUACAGUGUGGCUCUCUCUCUCUCUCUCUCUCUCUCUCUCUCUCUCUCUCUCUCUCUCUCUCUCUCUCUCUCUCUCUCUCUCUCUCUCUCUCUCCCCUUUCUCUGAUGAUUCAAAUUAUAUUCUUAAGUUUGUUAGAAUUCUUAAGUCUUGAUUCUCUCUCUCUCUCUCUCUCUCUCUCUCUCUCUCUCUCUCUCUCUCUCUCUCUCUCUCUCUCUCUCUCUCUCUCUCUCUUUCUCUCUCUGAUGAUUCAAAUUAUAUUCUUAAGUUUGUUAGAAUUCUUAAGUCUUGAUGUAGUUUCUCUCUCUCUCUCUCUCUCUCUCUCUCUCUCUCUCUCUCUCUCUCUCUCUCUCUCUCUCUCUCUCUCUC